AUGAUUGUGCUUAAAAUUGAAUCACUUCCAAAUGAAAUUCUACUUGAUCUUUUUGAAUAUAUUGAUAUUAAAGAUUUAUUUUAUGGUUUUUAUGGAUUAAAUAAACGAUUGAAUUAUCUUUUACAAUCAUUAAAAAAACUUUCAUUAAAUCUUGAAAGAAAUGAAUCAAGUUUAAUUCAUCUAUUUUCCAAUCAAAUAAAUCGUUUAGUAGUUAAUACAUGGCAAGAUAUAGAUCUUAGACAAUUUCCGUAUUUACAAUCACUUAUUUUACAUCAAAUAACUGGUAAUCAAUUACGACAAAUUCGUUCCGAAUACAUGCCUAAUCUUAUUUAUUUAUCGACAUCAUCAAUACCUGAAUUUUCAUUAAUGCCACAAUUAGCACAACGUAUAUUUUCUAAUGAAAUGCCAUCAAUUCGAUCUGUUGAUCUUGGUCUUGUUCAUGUACCACAUCUACGGAUAUGGUUACAAUCACCAUCACUCUAUUCCGUAUCUGUACAUUGUACAAAUCCAACUUUAAUUGCAUUUAUUCUUGCUUCAUCACCAUGUCUUGUUUAUUUACAUAUUCAGUUUUUAAAUGAUACCAUAUCAAUAUUUCAUAAUUCACCAGUAAUUAUAAAUCAUCCAUUAAAACAAUUUUGUCUAUCGGAUCCUUAUCAUAAAUUAUCAUUCAAUCAUGUUUAUACUAUUUUAGCAUUAAUUCCAAAUGUUAAACGGAUUCAAUUAAAUUUUCUAUGUAAAGUACCAUUUAUUCGUUUUAUACAAAGUUUAUUAAAUCGUUUACGAUAUUUAAAACGAUUUGAUUGUAAUAUCGAUGAUGCAUCACAAGAUAAACAAACAAAUAUUGAUAUAAUUCGACAAUUUCAUCCAUGUUUUUCUAAAAUUCAAUGUUCAACAAAUGAAUAUAAUUUUCGAACAUUUAUUACAGAAUAA